AGUCAACAUCUCGGGUAAUUGCUUCCUUUGCGACGUUAUUAUUGUAAUUUGUGUUGUUUAUAUAAAAUACAGUUGACAUGCGAUGUAUUGUUUAUUUCGUUGACAACUGUAUACUUCGAAAGUCAGAUGGCAGGAUUAAUCUUCCUUAGUGUUACCAUUCUGUUUGCUUCUAAAUUUAGUGAAGCAAUAAAUACAAAAAUGGAUUUUGGUGAAGUAAAAGACACUGCUGUUGUUACGGAUUCGAGUAAAGAAAAUGAAGAUGUCGAGGUGCAGCAUACUAUUGUCGUAUCUACGAAGUUGAAAAAUAAUAAUAGAAGAGGAUUACAUAACUCGCGAGAUGAUAACAUAAAUCUUAGUCGUACUGCAAAUUUAAAAAGAGAAGAUAGCGGGGAGGUUCCAGUAAUAAAAGGUGACAAAGCAGUCGAAACAACAGCAAUCUUUACCCCUGAUACACGAGUUAAAUUUCCAGAUAACACUUUUAAUGCAUUCACGAGACACAAUCCAACAGACGACAAUGAUGUAUAUCCAAAUCUAGGAUUAAAUCCAGUUCAUUUCAAACCAUCUAAUUAUUAUAAUAACAUGAAUUGGUGGAAUCAAGAAAAUUCAAGAAAUUUUAACACAUUUAAAUCAAGAAAUGAUAGAACAGGUUAUGCUCAAAGAACUAACUUUAAUAGAGGAAGCAAUGAUGAUGGUGUUAGAGAUUUCUUUUGUAUGAAAUGUAGAGAGUUGAGUAGAAGACAAGGAUAUAGAGGUUGUGAACAACUACGUAAUGAUCCAUGGUAUGAGAAUACAACACCAAAGAUGAAGAUAGACGGAAAAUUAGCGAAAUUAAACUAAUCGAGUCAUUAUUUUGUUCGGUACACCGUGACCACAGAAAAAACACGUUUCAGAUUAUAUCUAUAUGACCUUGAGAGAGUACAGACAUUGUUUUUGUAUUUUAAAGUUCAUUGUCUCCAGUAAAUUUAAAAUUAAAUUACGAAUUAC